AUGCCCGGUCUCAAGGAGAACAUGAAAACCUAUACAUUCAAGGUUGUGGUUCUUGGGUACUACUCUGUGGGAAAGAGCAGCCUGGUCCUUAAGUAUGUCAAGGGAGAGUUCAAUCCCAACGAGGAAAGCACAAUAGGUGCAUCCUUUCUGACAAAGACUGUUUUCACCCAAGAAGGAAGUAUUAAGUUUGAGAUAUGGGAUACCGCAGGGCAGGAAAGAUACAAUAGCUUGAUUCCGAUGUACUAUCGCGGGGCACAGGUGGCCUUGAUAGUCUACGACAUAACUUCUGCAGAAAGCUUCGAGACUGCAAAAAGAUGGGUUGAAGAGCUUGGCUUUGAGAAGCCCAAGGAGUUCAUAAAGGUUUUGAUCGGGAACAAGUCUGAUCUGGAAAGCGACAGAAGGGUAGAAUAUCAGCAAGGGAAGGAGUAUGCAGACAGCCACAACCUGCUGUUUUUCGAAUCAAGUGCAAAGACGGGUAAGGGCAUAGCAGAGAUAUUCAACGCCAUUGCAGAAAGAGUUCCCAAAGAAGAGGUCAAAAAGAAAGUAAGAGGAUUCAGACUAAAAGACGAUUAUAUAAAAUAUCUUUGCUGCUGA